AAAAAGAAAAAAAUCCAAGAUGGCUUCCCAGACUGGUUUGAAAGAAGUUGUGUCUCUUUAUCAAACUCUCAUAAAGGAGUGGAAUAGAAAACCCGUUGAUCUUGAGAAAGUUGGAAAGCUUCUGUCUGGAAUGAAGAUGGCUUUGAUCCAGUUUUCAUUCUUACCAACUUCUUCAGGAAAGCCAACUUACCAGGAACUUCUUUUAGCAAGAGAUGCAUUAGAAAUUGGUGUUCAAUGGAGCAUUUUAAAAAAGGACAUACCAUCAUUUGAAAGAUACAUGGCACAGUUGAAACCAUAUUACCUUGAUUACAAGGGCACUUUGGAGGAAUCAGUUUAUAUGUAUCAGCUUCUUGGGCUCAAUCUGUUGUCUCUUCUUGCACAGAAUCGUCUUGCAGAGUUUCAUACAGAACUGGAACUUUUACCUGCUAAAGAACUUCAGAGCAAUGUGUACAUUAGACAUUCUGUCUCCCUAGAACAGUAUCUUAUGGAAGGAAACUAUAACAAGGUCUUCCUGGCAAGGGGAAAUGUACCAGCAGACAACUAUCAUUUCUUCAUGAAUAUCCUCCUGGAUACUCUAAGAGAUGAAAUAGCAGCAUGUGCAGAGAAAGCAUAUGAGCAUAUAUCCUUCCCAGAGGCUACCAGGAUACUUUACUUUGAGAGUGAAAAAGAUAUGGCAGCAUUUGCUCAGAAGCGAGAGUGGACUCUAAAGGAAGAUAAAUACUACUAUUUUGAACCAGACCCAGACAAAGAGAUGAAACAAGAAAUUCCUGCUUACAAAAUGAUUAAAAACAUGCUGGAGUAUGCCAAAGAACUUGAGAGAAUAGUUUAAAAGAAGAUGUACAAGGAAACAACUCAGAGAUUGCUGAGCAAUGUACAGUACACUUUUUAUUUCAUUUGUAGUGUUUGUUAUGUAAGUGAACAAAUCAAAUACAAUUAUUCAAUACUAAAAGGCAUAACUUAAUUUAACUUUUGAUUUUCUAACUUUGGAACUGGUUGUGUACUCAAGGUUGUAAAUGUCUUUAGUACUAAGUUGACCAAAUCAGCAAUUCCCAACCCUUUUAAUAUGCUUGCGGUAGGUGUUUCAAAAAACACAACAAUUGUCCAUCAAUAAUUAUACUUAAGGCAAUCACAUAGUAGAGUAAUUUUGUGUCAUUAUUCUCCACUCUGAACAAAACUCUUAUCAUUUCCUACAACAGUUAUCAUGUUAUUGAAAUGAAUUCCAGCUUUAUAGAAGAUCAAACACAAUAUACCCCCUCUGCCAACUUGUUAGGAAAUUUAAAAUCCAUAGCCUGUGGACCCUUUUUUUGCUAAAUGAAAAAGCAAAAAUGCCAAAUCUAAAAAUUUGUUGAUGGCAUUGCAAUGCACACAUUAACAACACGACCAAUGCAGUAUCCACCUGGAGGAUAGAAAAAAAUGCAAUGUGAAAAAAGAGUGAUUUAGAGACUGAAAGUAUGUCUUUAAUAAUACAUUUUUUCAGAGUACCCUCUUAAACUCUGGCAAACACUUUUACUAGAAAAAUCAAAUUAUUGAUUUCAAACACAAAAUGUUGCUCAGCAUGUACAGCUUGCAUAUUUCAUGAUGUAGCCCUUAACAAACUUUGAAUGAGAGGGGGUAGACAUUUUAGCUUACACAAGGUCUCCCACAUUCAGCAAAUAUUGAUUGAUUCUGUUAACCCAGUAUUUCAAUAUUAAUGUACUAAAUUAUUCUGAAAGACGAAAAUCAAUGUAAUUGAGUAUUUCUUUUACCUUGUUCAUAAGCCUUUAUGUGGAAGGAAUUUGUUGCUCCUUGUAUGUCACCAUAUAUCUCAUACACAUUCUCAAAAAGGAUCACAAGCCUUACUGCAUCAUCAAUCACAAAGUUGAUGCAGUCACCUAAACACAAAAGACAUCAUUAUUUUUAAGUUUAGGACUGCAACAUCUUAACACUGAUUUUAUGUUCCACAGUGCUGUCAAGUCUUGUGCAUUGAGCUUGAGACUCAAGCAACUGAAUUCAAUCUUAUUCAUGCUUUCACACUAGAACUAUUAUUUUUCUUGCAUUUAAGGUUUUUGAUAUAAACUGUUGAUUUUUUGAUAGAAAACUGCUGUUUUGGUCAAGUAACUAUGAAAUUAAUUCUCCUUCUUAAUAUAAUUUACUUCUUGUUCCCUUUGGUAUCACUUAAAACAUUUUUCACCAGUGGAAAUUCUCACUCAGAAUUAAGGAAUACACCUCUUAGCUACUUGAUUUGUUCACAAUUUUCUGGGAGGGGGGGGAGGCAUACCCCAAUAACCCCCUUCUCCCAAAGCUGAUGCCUGGAAUGUCACAAUUAAAGGCUAAGGUCCCAUUUGUACUU